AUGGGCUUCUCAGAGCAAAGAAUAGCCAUCAUCGGCGGCGGCCUUGGUGGCAUGUCAUUCAUCAAUGCGGCGCUACACGUCGGACUCACAAAUAUGGAACUAUAUGAGAGAGCAGCUGAAUUCAACGAAGUCGGGGCUGGCAUCAACAUCACCAGAAAUGCAAAUAGCAUUCUCGAUUCUUAUGGGCUAAAGGAGGGUAUGUUGAAGAAAUCCGCUCACGACUUGCCGUACUACAUGGAAUACCGGCAUUAUCGUACAGGCCAGUACUUGGGUCAAGUCGAUGAAUCCGCAAAGCCUACGUCGAGAUUGCUUCAUCGUGCCCAUCUCCUGGAAUCACUGAAGGAUCGAGUGCCGGAGAGUAAGCUUCAUCUCGAUAAGCGCCUGACUGGUAUCACCAAAACAAACCAGGAUGAGGCAUAUCGAUUGCAUUUUCAGGAUGGGACUCAUACUGAUGCGGAAAUUGUCGUGGGCUGUGAUGGAAUAAAAUCUACUGUACGAGAGCAUCUGAAUAUCACCGAUCAUCCGGAUUACUCUGGUCAAGUGGUUUACCGCGGGUUUGUCGAAUACGACGAUUUACCCAGCGACACGGCUCAGCUGUUGCGUAGAACGACGAAUUUCCGGGGGCCCCAAAGACAUAUCCUCGUCUUACCUAUCGGCAAUGAGCAGUCCAAUACGGCCAAAGCGGCUAUUAUUGGGUUUAUGAGCGAGUCUCUCGCAAGCUGGACUUCGGAGAACUGGAUGUCGCGAUCAGACAUUGAUAGUUUGCAUAAUCAUGUGAAGGAUUGGUGUCCGGCCGCACAAGACAUCAUUGCGGGAUUGCGCAAAAGCUCACCGGAUGGGAAGAUGAUGAAGCAAGCGCUGUAUGUACGGAAGCCGGUGGAUAAAUGGUACGAAGUGAAUGAAGGCAAUGCUGCUUCUGGAAUAAUCCUGCUUGGCGACUCUGCUCAUUCCACCUUACCUCAUCAAGGCCAAGGCUCAUGCAUGGCCAUUGAAUCCGGCAUAGCACUCGCCACUAUCCUCCGGUACUGGAAGAGUAAUGAUCUGACAGCCGCAUUCCAAUUCUACAAGCAGCUUCGAAAACCACGAACGGACCGGAUCACCGUGACAAGCUAUGAAGUCGGCAAGCUAGCGAGCUCCCAAGACCCUGACGCAUUUGACGACAAAUUCAACCCCGGUGCAAUGCGGGAGCGCAUGCGAUGGAUCAUGGACUAUGAUGUGCUUGAAGAUUUGUGGUCUCGGAACGAGUCUUCCCGGCCAUCAUCGCAUAGUCCUUUCAGAUCAAGGCGCUCGCAUCCAGCUUUGAAUCACAUCUCACUUGCUCCACUUACUCCUCGAUUCCCAAUAGAUGAUCUACCGGAUCAGGACGACUAUUUCCAGAACACGCAAGGCUCAUAUUUCUCUAGCUCUUCUGUCCCGAGCACGCCACCAAUUCUGUCGCAUUCGCGCGCUAGCUCGCGCCCGCGACAUCAUAAGCGUUCUAAAAGCUCGGCACAUGCACUCAGCGACUCUGAUCUCCGGAGUCUGGGCAUCGUCCUGCAUGAACAACAAAGUCAGCAUACUGGAAGCUUAAAGCAGGGCUCCCGUACUCCGGUACAUGCCCUGCCGCCGGAGAAGCGAAAGUCCCACGACUCGGAGUGGAUGCUUCGGGCGGGACUGGCCCUGGCUUCAUCAGCUCGGGAAGAAAAAGGCCAGAGCUGGCUGAUCAAGCGCGAGAGCUCGACUAGCCUGGUAGCCGAGGCAGAUUCGGAAACUUCCAGAUCUCGUCGUACUAGCGCCAAUCGUCAUGGAAAGAGUACGCCUCAUCGGUCGUCAAGAUCGUCUGCUGUCUCAACACCAGCGGCGCUCUCGCGGCGGACAUCGAGGUCACGCGAACUCAGUCGACGAGCUAGCCGUGGGGGAUUCUCUAUGACGGCAAUGGACACAGAAGGAGAUUCGUCCCGGCAGUCACGGAAAUCUAGCAUUGGAAGCCAUCUCACAGUGCUUCCUGAUUUUGUGGACGAUCAGAUUCGUGCCGAGAUGGCUUCUAUCCGUGACCGCGAUCUGUAUGAUGAAGAUGAAUCGGACUCCUCUUCUUAUGCAUCAGGAAGCGAGACAGAUAGCGAGAUGGACGAAGAUGAAUUCCAACACUUGACACGCGAGCGAGGCUUCGGUCUUGGGAGUUGGGUUGACCAGUUUAUCAGCUGGACGCUAUUUGGAGUCGAAGAGGAUUUUUCCACGUCACCGCCUGUGCCUACAGAAGGGGUCAAUCGGCAUACUUUCGUUGGGUUUGAGUCGGCCGCUUUGACAUCGCAGUCGGAGCCCGGAAAUGACUCAGAGGGUGAUCAUGAUGAUCACAGCGAUGACGGUUCCGAAUUUGCAGAUGCUGUUGAGAGAGCUGGCGAUAAGGGUGGGUGGGCUGACGCAAGUUGGUUCUUGCGACUCGCGAGAAACGCCAUAGCGUAA